AUGAAUAUGUAUUGUUUUGACACAUUUAUCUCAUUACAAGGAUUAAAUUCAAUAUUUCUAAUCAUAUCCAUUAUAAAAACGAUAUCGGACAAUACUUGGUUAAAUGAUCUACAAGAUCUAUCAAUAAAAGCAAAAUUUGAAAGUCAUCCACUUAAUGAAGGAUUUAUAUUACUUGCGGAUCAAACCACAAAAUCAUCACCCAUCAAAUUCAAGUCAAUUACUUCUAUACUACAUAAUAUUUCAUCAACAACAUGUCAGACUACAACAAAACAACCUACUACUACUUCUUCUUCUUUAACUCGUCAAACUUCAAUUCAAGAUGAUAGUGAUAUUGGAAAUUUUUUACAAGUUGAUGAAGAAGAAUUAAAUAGAGAACUGCUUAACAUGGACACUGUAAUGGAGGGUAGUACUACUGAAAGUAGGUUUUCAUAA